GUUUCACUACUAUAACCAUCAGUCCUCUAAUAUCAAAGUGUUUAUUACAGCAUUUUUAAGGAACAUUAUGUAACAGUUUUGGUUUACCAGUAGAUAUUAAUUAUAUAACAAACAAUUAUUGUAAAAAUGUUGGGAACUUUUAGACGAUCAAUACUGCAGAAGCCGUGUAAAUCAUAUUUGGAUCAAUGUAUUAGAGCUUAUCUAUCGACACAACUUCAAGAACCAAAUGAGCCCCGAGUGGUGACAACAAUUCCCGGACCAAACUCUCUUCGCUUAAAACAAGAGUUAGAUUCAAUUCAGUUGUCUUCAGCCAUACAAUUAUUUGUUGAUUAUGACAAAUCUGUGGGCAACUAUUUAGUCGAUGCCGACGGCAAUGCAUUUCUCGAUAUUUACAGUCAAAUAUCGUCGAUACCAUUAGGUUAUAAUCAUCCGGCAUUAGUAAAAGCUGUAACUGAUCCAAAAAAUUUGGCCACAUUUGUCAAUAGACCUGCUCUGGGAAUACUUCCACCAAAAGAUUUUAUUGAAAAACUUAAAUCAGCUCUUCUGUCAAUUGCACCGAAAGGUUUGUCUGAAGUACAGACUAUGGCGUGUGGCAGCUGUUCCAUAGAGAAUGCACUCAAAGCCGCUUGUUUUUGGUAUCAAAACAAGACUCGAAAGGGUGAACCUCCAUCUGCUCUAGACUUAGAGUCAAGUCUCUCAAAUCAAACACCCGGAGCUCCAAAGUUAAGUGUAAUGUCAUUUAAGGGAGGUUUUCACGGACGAACAUUUGGAGCGCUUAGUUGCACCCACUCUAAGCCCAUUCAUAAGUUGGAUGUGCCAGCAUUUGAUUGGCCAAUAGCUACAUAUCCAAUAUAUAAAUAUCCACUACAAGAACAUAGAGUUGAAAACGACAAAAUAGACGAUCAUUGCCUACAAGAAGUUCAGAGUUUGAUUGAUGAAUACAACCAAAAAGGUGUUCCCGUCGCCGCAUUGGUCAUUGAACCGAUUCAGGGAGAAGGUGGUGAUAAUCAUGGAUCGGCUAAGUUUUUCCAAGGAUUGCGUAAACUUUGCACCAAAAAUGGUGUGGCAUUUAUUAUAGAUGAGGUACAGACAGGAGGCGGACCCACGGGUAAAAUGUGGGCUCACGAACACUUCAAUCUGGACGAUAGUCCUGAUAUCGUUACGUUCAGUAAAAAGUUACAAAUAGGAGGUUUCUUCUAUAAGAAGCCAUUCAGACCCGACCAACCAUAUCGUAUAUUCAACACCUGGUUAGGGGAUCCAACAAAACUGGUACUUCUUGAGCAAGUUGUCAAAGAAAUUAAAGAACAGAAUCUUAUUGAUAAUAUCGCUAAAACCGGUGAUUAUAUGCUUAAAGGAUUGGUAACACUUCAACAAAAGUAUCCAAACAUUCUAUUGAAUGCCAGAGGAAAGGGAACCUUCUGUGCUAUCGAUUUCAAGACAUCAGAGCUUAGAGAUCAGGCAAUUAAGGUUUUGCACAAAAAUGGUGUUCACUGUGGAGGAAGUGGUUCAGCCAGUCUUAGAGUGCGAACAACUCUGACAUUCAACACAACUCAUGUGGAUCUGUUCCUCAAUAGAUUUCAAUUAUCUCUCAAACAAAUGUCUAAUUAAAUAAUUCCGUUGUUUUAAUUCAUGCAAUAUUUCUUAUAAUUUUAAUAUUUGUCUUCCAUUAUAAUUAACUAUAAAUUUAUUUAAAUUCU